AUGACACCCUCCAUUGUGGAGGGGCUAAAGAAGCGAAACCCAACCUUGGACGAUAUCGCAAAGGAGACACUUCCAGAUGGAGAGCCCAGCCUUGAGAACCCAGUCGUUGGGAACCCAAUCUCCCAUGGCCAGAUUAUCGAUCUCUGGACGAGCCUCAGAUGCCACAGCCAGCAGAACUACAGAUUGGAAACCCUCCUUCGCGGUGCCAAAGUCUACGUGCCUCCCCCGCCACCAAAACCAGAGCCCUCAGACGAAUUCAAGGCGCUCAUGGCACGCCUCCGCCGCGAGGAGGAGCAGCGGGCGUACGAACGCAUGACCAAUCCGGUGCCGCCCGCCGAGACCUUCUCCCACCUCUUCCCGAACGCUUCCAUGGCCCGCGCAUUUGCCGAAGUCAACCGGCCAAGCCGGGCGGCCGACAUGGGUGACGACGACAUCACAUACAAUGACGUGCAGCGGCAAGUGAUUCUUAUCAUCAACUUCCUGGCGAGCAUCGUCGGCGUAGCGGGCGCCCUGUGGGCUCUAGCUAGGUGGUGGAGCACACCGGCGAGGCUAUUCCUUGCCAUGGGCGGAGGCAUUCUGGUUGGAAUUAUAGAGGUUGUUCUCUAUUCGGGUUACAUAUGGCAUCUCGGCGAGGCGAAGAAAAACGAUGCAAAGUUGCGAGAGACUAAAGAAGUUGUACAGACUUGGGCUGUUGGUGGGGACGAGGAUAAGGGCGGAGAUGGCGACGAGACUAUCAUUUCAGAUCGUCCAGACCUUCCCGAGGAGAGCAGUUUAAGGAGAAGGAAGCAGAAGGAAGCCGGGUGA